UUAACGUUCAUCGUUUUCGCAGUUGCAGCAAUGGCCGUGGACGAUCGAUCGUUCACAGAUUUGAACCCUAAGACGUGCGUGGUUUUAGGCGGCAGAGGAUUCCUCGGGAAAUCGUUGGUCCUGAGGCUGUUGAAACUCGGUAACUGGAUCGUCCGAGUUGCCGAUUCAACUCAAUCUCUCCAUCUCCAUCAUUCCGAGUCUCUUCUCGCCCAAGCACUCUCUUCCGCUCGCGCUUCUUACUUCCAUCUCGACCUUCGCGAUGAGCGUCGCAUCGUCCAAGUUCUUGAAGGCUCUUCCGUCGUAUUUUAUAUGGAUGUCUCUGGUCUCGUUGCAAAUGAUUUCUAUAGUUGCUAUAAGCUUAUAGUUCAAGGUGCGAAGAAUGUCAUUAGUGCUUGCCGAGAAUGUAGGGUGAAACGCCUUAUAUACAACAGUUCUGCAGAUGUAGUAUUUGAUGGUUUACAUGAUAUACAUGAUGGAGAUGAAUCGUUGCCAUAUCCGUGGAAAAUGGACAACAUGUUAGGUGACCUUAAGGCUCAAGCAGAAGCAUUGAUCCUUGGUGCCAAUGACAUUGAUGGCCUAUUGACAUGCUCCCUUCGUCCUAGUAAUGUUUUUGGACCUGGUGACUCAGAAUUUGUGGCAUAUUUCCUAACGUUAGCAAGAUAUGGUUUUGCAAAGUUUAUUAUAGGGACGGGUGACAAUCUUUCAGACUUCACGUUUUCUGAGAAUGUUACUCAUGCCCAUAUAUGUGCAGAAGAAGCCUUGAAUUUCCAAACGGUUUCUGUGGCUGGAAAGGCCUUUUUUAUCACAAAUCUUGAGCCUAUGAAGUUCUGGGAAUUUCUCUCAAUUUUGUUGGAAGGUCUUGGAUAUCAAAGGCCAUACAUCAAACUUCCUGACAAUUUGUUGCAAUACAUUCUCCCAGUUUUAAAGUGGUUAAACGAAAAGUUGGGACCUAGUUACUUCAGUUAUCCUUUAUUACUUCAUUUUUUUCAGUUAGCUUCACACACCCGAACUUUUGACUGCGUGGCAGCUCAGAAAGAUAUUGGAUAUUCUCCUAUAGUCUCCCUUGAGGAAGGCAUCACAUUAACCAUAGAAUCAUUCACUCAUUUAGCCAGAGACUCAUCUUUUUCAGGAUGCCGUUCUUCCACUGAACCGUCAAAAGCAGAUAAGCUGCUUGGUGGUGGAAAAGUGGCUGACGUUUUGUUGUGGAGAGACGAGAAGACAUCUUUUACGUAUUUCCUUGUGCUGUUUUUGUUCUUUUACUGGUUUUUCCUAUCUGGAAGCACUUUUAUAUCAUCUGCUGCAAGACUUAUGCUGCUUGCCACUUUACUUCUCUGUGGACAUGGUUUUCUACCAUCAAAGUUAUUUGGUUUCCCAAUACAGAGGAUGCCCAUGUCUAGUUUUGAGAUCUCUGCUGCGGCGGUGAAACGAUCAGUUGCAACUACAGUAUAUCUAUGGAACAAGGGUUUUCAAAAUAUAAGAGGACUGGCCCAUGGGGAAGAUUGGUCUACAUUCUUCAAGGUUGCAGUUUUUCUUUACCUUCUGAAGUUGAUCCUGUCACAGAAGUUGUUGUCAUCAUUGAUAGGCAUAGGUCUGGUCUUCGCAUUUAUGGCAUUUUUUGUUUACGAGCAAUAUGAAUCAGAAAUUGAUAGCACGAUGGACAUUCUGUUCACCAGUUCGAAGGAGUUCGUCAUAUAUUUGAUGAGAAUUUUACCUGUUUCCAUAUCUCGGCUUGUGCAUUAUCAUGAGAACUUUCAGCUUUACAAAGGACCAGGAAGGGUAAAAGAGCUGAGAUAGCCAGAAAAAAGUUUUAGCUUCGCUCUGCAAUCUUCGUAUAUAUUUCUUACAAACAGAGAGUUGUGUUCCUAUUAACAAGUUUUAAAAGGUAAAAUAUUAAGAAACAUGUUUAGAAAUGCCCUCUCUCCGUUUAUUUUCUGUCAUCACAAUUGA